GUUUGUUCCAACAUCCUUCUGCUCUUGUCUGGGAUAGAUCAGGGGAUGGACUUAAACAAAUGCCUGAGUUUACAAAGUCUCAUACUGACACAGUCAGCACUAAGGCUACAUCAGUGAAAUGUAAGCUCCAGGGUAAUACUCAUCUACCUGCAUUCUCCAUGGAUGGUGACUACAUUAUCGGGGGUGUUUUCACCAUUCAUCAGUACAUGCACACAGAGGUGCAUGACUACACCAGCAUGCCUGAGCCACUGAGGUGCACAGGGAGCGUUAAGACACGUGAACUGCGCUUUGCACGCACCAUGAUAUUCGCCAUUGAUGAGAUAAACAACAGCACAGAGCUGCUGCCAGGCGUUACACUCGGUUACCAAAUCCAUGACUCAUGUUCUUCAGUGUCUAUUGCUGUGCAAAAAGCCCUUCAGCUCACAAAUGGCCAGGACCCAGAAUUUGACACCAGUCAGAACUGCUCAAACUCUGGCAUGGUUAUGGCUAUUGUUGGAGAGUCUGGGUCAACGCCAUCAAUCGCCAUGUCACGCAUCAUCGGGCCCUUUGACAUUCCUCAGGUCAGUCACUUUGCCACUUGUGCAUGUUUGUCUGAUAAACAGCAAUAUCCCAGCUUCUUCAGAACAAUCCCCAGUGACCAGUUCCAGGCUGAUGCACUGGUCAAACUGGUCAAACACUUUGGUUGGACUUGGAUAGGGGCUAUCCGGUCUGACUCAGACUAUGGGAAUAAUGGCAUGGCAUCAUUCCUGUAUGCAGCCCAGAAAGAAGGCAUCUGUGUGGAAUACUCUGAGUCUUUCUCUGGGACCCACCCACGAAGCAGAUUCCAGAGAGUGGCUGAAGUUAUCCGGAGGUCAACAUCUAUGGUUAUUGUGGCAUUUGCAGCCACUGCAGAUAUGAGGAUCCUUUUGGAGGAGCUUUCACUCCAGCCUUUUCCUCCUCACCAGUGGAUCGGCAGCGAGGCCUGGGUCACAGAUGCAGACUUGUUGAAGUAUAACUUCUGUGCAGGAGCCCUUGGAUUUAGUAUUGAACAGUCUGUCAUCCCAGGGCUCAGAGACUUCUUACUGGAUCUCUCUCCUACUGUAGUGACUGCAUCCCCUGUACUUACUGAGUUCUGGGAGGAAGCGUUUAACUGCAGACUGGGAAAAGGUGAAGGCACAGAUGAGAGGGUGUGUGAUGGAACUGAAGACAUACACAAUCUCCAGAGCUCAUACACUGACACAUCUCAGCUCCGAAUCACUAACAUGGUGUAUAAGGCUGUGUAUGCAAUAGCACAUGCCAUUCACAAUGCGUUAUGUGUGGAAAGAAAUUCCACACGUCAUUGUGACCAGUUUGCUAAGAUUCAGUCCACACAGGUUUUCACUCAGCUGAGGAAAGUUAAUUUCUCUCAGAAUGGUUAUAGUGUUUCGUUUGAUGCCAAUGGUGAUCCUGUGGCCACAUAUGAGCUGGUAAACUGGCAGAAGAGUAAAACUGGGAGGAAUGAGUUUGUGACAGUAGGAUUCUAUGAUGCAUCGCUGCCACUGGGCAGGGAGGUCCAUAUCAACAAGGACAUCACAUGGAUGGAGGGAAGUACACAAGUGCCUGUGUCAGUGUGCAGUGAGAGCUGUCGUCCAGGAACUCGUAAAGUGCUGCAGAAAGGAAAACCUGUUUGUUGCUAUGAUUGUACACCAUGUCCUGAGGGAGAAAUAAGCAAUGUUACAGAUUCUCCUGAUUGUUUCCCUUGUCCCAGUGAGUUUUGGCCUAAUGCAAAUAGAGACUCUUGUCUCCCCAAGCCUGUGGAGUUUCUCUCCUUCAGUGAGGUCUUAGGAAUCAUCCUGGUCUCAUUCUCAGUUGCUGGAGCCUGUUUGGCCAUUAUGACAGCGGCUGUGUUCUUCCGUCACAGGACGACCCCCAUCGUCAGGGCCAAUAACUCUGAGCUGAGCUUCCUGCUGCUCUUUUCACUCACUCUGUGUUUCUUAUGUUCAAUAACUUUCAUCGGGACACCGUCUGAGUGGUCCUGUAUGCUGCGACACACAGCGUUUGGAAUCACCUUUGUGCUCUGCAUCUCAUGUGUCCUGGGAAAAACUAUCGUUGUCUUAAUGGCCUUUAAAGCUACACUUCCAGGCAGCAAUGUCAUGAAAUGGUUUGGUCCUCCUCAACAAAGAAUGACUGUAGUAUCUGUCACAUCAGUUCAGGUUUUGAUCUGUAUUAUUUGGUUGGUUGUCAGCCCUCCUUUUCCAAUGAAGAAUCUGACCACAUAUAAAGAGAGGAUCAUCUUAGAGUGUGCAUUAGGCUCUGCUAUAGGGUUCUGGGCUGUGCUCGGGUACGUAGGACUACUGGCUGUCUUCUGCUUCGUGUUAGCUGUCCUGGCACGGAAACUUCCUGAUAAUUUUAAUGAAGCCAAGUUUAUCACCUUCAGCAUGCUCAUAUUUUGUGCAGUGUGGAUCACAUUUAUCCCAGCGUAUGUCAGCUCUCCUGGAAAAUUUACAGUUGCUGUUGAGAUAUUUGCCAUUCUGGCCUCCAGUUUUGGAUUAAUACUGUGCAUUUUUGCCCCAAAGUGUUAUAUCAUACUGUUUAAGCCAGAGAAGAACACAAAGAAACAUUUAAUGAACAAAAGUCCACAGUAG